UCAUCUCGUUUUAUAUAGCUGAUUUCUAUGUCCGGAACAGUCGUGAGUGGUGCCGCGUUGCAAGCUGGGAAAGCACGUGUGGAGAAGUGUGGAAAAGCUGUCAAGAAAAAUUGGUGGCCAGCAUGUCUUCCAAAAAGAACGCCAAUGGGAAGGAGGGCACCUCGGCGGACGAGCGCUUCUCGCGCAUCAAGCGUGACCCUCGUUUCUGGGAGAUGCCGGACCGCGAGCGAAAGAUCAAGAUCGACAAGCGCUUCACGUCCAUGUUCCACGAUGAACGCUUCAGCAUCAAAUCUACGGUGGACAAGCGGGGGAGACCCGUCGAGAGCACCACAGCAGACGACCUAAGACGUUUCUACCAGAUUUCUGAAGAUGGAAGUGAUGAAGACGACGAUGAGGAGAAGGAGGAGGAAGAAGAAAAUGAAGAUGAUGCUUCAGAAGAUGAGGAGGAUGAGGAUUCGGGCUCGGAGUCUGGAGAGGACAGCGGCCCAGACUUGGCUCGCGGCAAAGGCAACGUAGAGACGAGCUCGGACGAAGAUGAUGAGGACGAUGUGGAUGGUGUCCUGCAACGUGAGGAAGAGGAGAUCCAGCACGACUGGGGCGAACUCUGCAAGGACGCCGUGCGCAGCGAACAGGUUUGGCGCCGACUAGCUAUUUGCAAUGUGGACUGGGAUCGCCUAAAGGCCAAAGACCUACUGGCCAUACUUAACUCCUUCAAGCCCGAAGGGGGUGCCGUGCUCUCGGUCAAGAUUUAUCCAUCUGAGUUUGGCAAGGAGAGGCUGAAGUUGGAGGAGUCUCAGGGACCCAUGGAGCUCAAGGCCCUCCCGGAUGACUCUGAAGAUGACACAGAGGAUGACAGGUUGUACCGAGAGAAGAGGCGAGACUACCAGUUCAAGCGGCUCAAGUACUUUUAUGCCGUGGCCGAGUGCGACUCCGCCGCCACGGCCGCCAAAAUUUACCAAGAGUGUGAUGGAUUUGAGUACGAGAGCAGCUGCUCCGUGCUGGACCUCAGGUUCAUUCCGGAUGACAUGACAUUCGAGGACUCUCCUAAAGAUGUAGCGACCGACGUCAACUUGGCGACAUACACGCCAAAACUUUUCACGUCAUCAGCAAACGCCACUUCUAAGGUGCAGCUGACGUGGGAUGAGACAGACCAGGAACGUGUGAGUGCACUCAACAGGAAGUUCGACAAAAGCGAUCUUCUGGACAUGGACUACAAGGCCUACCUGGCGUCGUCCAGCGAAGAUGAGGAUGUCGAAGAAGUGCGGCCAGAGGAAGAAAAUGAGGACGAUGAGGAAGGCGAGCAGGAAAAUGAGAAGAAAAAUAUGACGAAGAAAACAAAGAGCGAGGACCAGAUUGAAAAGUAUCGGCAGUUGCUGCGGGGACUAGAGAGCAAACAACAGCAGGAGGACAAAGACAUGGAGAUGGAGAUCACAUGGGUGCCCGGUUUGAAGGAGACGACAGAGCAGCUGGUGAAGAAAAAGCUAGAGCAGAAGGAGCCGCAGCUGACGCCCUGGGAAGAUUUCCUGAAGAAGAAGAAAGAAAAGAAGAAAAAAAAGAAUCAAAAGAAAGGCAACAAUGAGGAUGAAGACGAGCUGAGCGAUGACGAACUUCCUUCUGACGUGGACCUCGCCGACCCGUUCUUCAGCCGAAACACGCUAGGCGCAGACGUGAAGAACAAAAACAAAGACAAGAAAAAGAAAAAACAGGACGAAGACGACGAUGAACGACAACGCAUGGACAAACACAAGGCGGAGAUGUCUCUCCUGAUGGACGACGGCGACGAGGACGAGCGGCAUAAGCAUUUCAACUACGACAAGCUGGUAGAGCAACAGAACCUGAGCAGGAAGAAGAAGAAAAAGAUGAUGAAGAACGGAGACGCCCUCCUCGAGGACAACUUCCAGGUGGACGUGUCGGACCCGCGCUUUGAAGCCAUGUUCACGUCGCACCUGUUCAAUCUGGACCCGUCGCACCCGAGCUACAAACAGACACGUGGCACACAGAGCAUCCUGGAGGAGAAACGGCGACGAAGACAGGAAGAGGAGGAAGAAGAAGAGCGCCGGGGCGCGGAGGAUGACGGCGGUGCUCGGGAGGCGUCCGAGAAACCCAACGAGCGCGACGUUAAGGCCGAGACGUCAACGGACGCUAGCUUGUCAUUGUUGGUUAAAUCCAUUAAGAGCAAAACAAAGGACUUUCAAGCACGCAAGAAAGCAAAAUUAUUUUGAACAUCUGACUACACUACUAGGAUGGAACUGCAACUUCGAUGCCAACAUGGAAGUCUUUUUAAUAGAGCGUCACUGGUUGAGAGAAAAACACGGCACGACGCCGCAGUUGGAUUACGUUUUGUUUUUUAAUCCGGCUAAAUAGCAGAGGCAUCAUUAAUAAUCUUGAGCAAUCCUGAAAACUUUGUAAACCAAGUCUAUCAUGGAAAAUAUUAAAAAAUGUGUCAUACAUGAGAACUAAUUAUUGAUCAAAACCAAAGUUGUAAUAUUUAAAGAGGAAAAAAUGAGAAGAAACUCCAAGGAAUGAAAUUGAAAUAAGUGAAGGCAAACAGAAUACAACAAAAAAUAGCAAAGUUUAGUGACAAAACAAGAGAAAGAAAUCCAAAUUAAAGACUCAAAAUGUUGUGAGCAAAAACCUGAAUAAUGAAUUCAUUCUUAUGUGUCAUUACUGUGCAUCAAUUUAACGCCAUCUACGACACUGAAAUAUGAGCAUUCACAGCUAGUCUGCCCAGUUUAAAUGAGUUCGCCGUCUUAUCGGCGUCAAUGUUAAUGGCUAUGAAAAAUAAAAAUGGUGGUGUUACUUGAUGGUAAACAGUGUAUUUCUG